AUGCACCACACUGGAGUGGAUUGUUUUUUGGGCCAUUUUCAUGUAGUAUGUAAAAGACACACAAUAAAGCGAUUUGGUUGUGUCUUUACAUGCUUCAGCACCAGGGUUGUCCAUAUUGAACCCUUAAAGUCUCUGGAUGCUAGCGCCUUUCUCAACGCACAAAAGGAGCUCCGAGCAACAGUUCAUGCCUGGUCUGGAGGCAAGUCCAUUGAUGACACAUGUAAACAGAGAGGCAUUGAGUGGUUUUCCAACCCCCUGCAGCAUCUCACAUGGGAGGCGUGUGGGAACGGCAGAUUCGAACCGUACGGAAGAUUCUCUCUUCGAUCAUACACGCAGAGAAUAGAUGAUGAUCGACUACGAACCUUAUUUUGUGAAGUAGAAGCCACAAUGAACAGCCGCCCUCUUACUGCGAUCCCGGGCAAUGUCACAGAACCAGAAGCUUUAACCCCUAACCAUGCCCUGAGGAUGAAUGUAGGAGAUGGUAUCCAGGUGCAGACAGAUGACAAUGCUUCACUUGACAACACAAAAUGGGGGGAGCCUGGAUCCAUGCACAAGUCCUAG